UAUGCUGAUGGUUGAGGCAGUAUAUUUGAUGUAAUCUAAAGUAGAAGCAGGCGCGACAGAUGCGCGUUAAAUCCCCGAAAACGGCGUGCGUCAAAAACCCACCAGAGCAGGAUGACAAAACAAAUAUCUGAGAGAAGAAAAGUUAGCAAUUCAAAUUGAGCUGACCUACUUAAAUUAUCCGAUUUCGUUCAUUGCAAACCUCCCUGCAGUUUCUUUUUUGUGCGUUUUCUCAAAGCGCAAACGCGCGUCUUCCCACCUGCAGCUUGAGCGCCUUUGGGCAGCUGAUGUUUUUCAAUGAAAGUUCAUCGAGCAGAGAAAAACUUGUGGAUCUGAAGUCGGUUCACAUCCGACUUGUCACGGACAUAAUAGCAACAACAGAUCAAAAGAGGCACGAUAAGAGGGAGUUAUUAGAGCCUGACGCUCGAAGUGCAACAUCUGGAGAUCAGCAACAGCAGCAGCAGCAGUCAUGGGCAACAGUGUGUCCGGAAUCAGAGCACUGCACAGGGGACAGCAGAACAGAUUUCAAAGACUUCCAGACUCGCAUAAAGACUCUCUGGGUGGACCGUUCCCCUCAACAACUCACCGAUGCCAUCACAAACCCAAACGCUGUUUACCCUUGCAUCCAUGUGGAGGUGUCCCUGUGAGCCCCCUUCUCUUCCACCCCAAUGCUAAAGGCUCCCAGAUAGUCAUGGAUCUAGCACAAAGGAGCGUCAAACGGCAGGCCAGCUUCUGCAACGGCAUCACUUUCAGCAACCGACCCAUUGCUCUUUAUGAGCAGGUCCGCUUAAAGAUUACUAAAAAGCAAUGCUGCUGGAGUGGCGCUCUCCGCCUGGGCUUUACUUCUAAGGACCCAUCUCGAAUCAAUCCCGACAGCCUGCCCAAAUACGCCUGCCCUGACCUGGUAUCCCAGAGUGGAUUCUGGGCCAAGGCUCUGCCAGAAGAGUUUGCAAAUGAAGGAAACCUCAUUUCCUUCUGGGUGGAUAAGAAGGGGAGAGUAUUUUAUCGCAUCAACGAUUCCAGCCCUAUGCUGUUCUUCAGUGGCGUUCGGACCACAGAGCCACUGUGGGCCCUCAUCGAUGUCUACGGUCUGACCAGAGGAGUGCAACUGCUGGGUGAGAAAAAGAACUGUUUGCAUACAGUAGUUAAGCCAAUUCACGCUAAGUCUAAAUGUUAUGCUCUAACAGACUGUAAAAUGAAAUACUGAA